ACGGAUCGGCGCGAAAGGCGUCCCGGCCGCAGGGCUGUCAGGCCUUAAAGGGAAAUGCACUAACGCGGGGCGCCCUGGCCGACAUGGCGGCGGCUUGCAACCAUCAGUUUACGGAUGAUCUGCAGAAAACUCAGAACUCUGCAUCAGCUGCAGAUGAACUCUCUGCAACUUCGUAUAAGGAGUAUCCAAAGUACAAGCCCUUCAUCAAUGCGGACUUGCUGCGCUCCCCACAGAAGCCAGUCAUUCCAUAUCCUGAAAGCAACAGCAGAGCAAUAUUUUCUGCUCUGAAGAAUCUCCAGGAAAAAAUCCAUCGACUGGAGCUGGAGCGGCUUCAGGCGGAGGAGAACGUGAAGCACCUCAGCAGGGAAACAGCAGACUACAAGAAAGUGCUGAGUGAGCAAAUGCAACACAAGGAGCUCAUCAGGACUGAAGUGUCAAAGAAGAAUCAAGAACUGGCUUCUCAGCUGGCAGCUGCUGAGUCCCGGUGCAGCCUUUUGGAGAAGCAGCUGGACUACAUGAGGAAAAUGAUCCAGCAUGCAGAAAAUGAGAAGUCCCAUCUCCUGGAGAAGCAGGGUUCGCUGGAGCGAGAUCGACUUCUUGACCACUCCCAUGUCCAGUCGAGACUGGAAAAGCUGGACAUGCUGGAGAAGGAGUACAGCAGGCUUACCACCAUGCAGUCCAUAGCAGAGAAAAAAAUGAAGGAGCUGGAACAGAAGCUUCAGGAGGAAGAACAGGCGAGGAAACUUGUUCAGGAAAAAGCAGCUGAGCUUCAGACAGGCCUGGAAACCAACAGACUGCUGAUUCAAGCAGCAUCACCAUUGCUUACUCCAAAAGCAAGGAAACCCAGGAAGAAAACUAAGCAGCCAGAGAAGAAAUGCUCUGUGAGAAGCCAUUUCACUACGCAGCCCCAUUACAGACUGUGCCUGGGUGAUGUACCCUUUGUAGCUGGGAAGUCCACCAGUCCCAGCCAUUCAGUUGGUGCCAACGUGCAGCACGUCCUCCACCUGAUGAAACAACACACAAAAGCUCUGUGCAACAGUCGUGUGGUAAAUGAUAAUCUACUAGCAAAGCCCAGCAGUGCUGGCCAUCCCACCAGCAAAAGCAGAAAGUCAUCCCUGCCCAAAGAAUCUUCUUCAUCCCAGGAAGAGCUCUCUGAAGUGCUGCUGACCUUACAAGAUGAAUUUGGGCAGAUGAGUGUUGAUCACCAGCAGCUGUCAAAGCUUGUCCAGCAAGCCCCAACCAUUGCAGUGAGGGAAGAUCUGGAGAGGGAGCUUGAGGCACUGGUGAGAAAGAUGGAAGCAAAGGCAGACCAGAUCAGCAAAGUCCAGAGGCAUCGGCUGCAGCUGGAGAGACUGAAGAGGGAAUGCAAGUCCAAAAAGCCUCCUGCCAAACAACUGAAAGACAACAGGUUCCCUGUUAGUGAGGUGAAAGUAACAACUACAGUCACCACCAAAGGGAAGAAUGCUGGUCCCAUCAAAGUGAAACCUGGAGAGAAGAGUCGGAAGAACCUUCAGCUGCUGCGAGACAUGCAGACCAUCCAGACCUCGCUCCAGAGGGAUGACGUCAGCUGGGACUACUGACGGGCUGCAGCGCUGCUUGAAGCAGCCCGCUCCUCCCCCCCCUGUGCUGGGUGUAAAGCAGCAGCCAUUCUUGAUCUGUGAAAGAGACUACUGUAUGCUAAGUGCACUUUUGAAAUAGGGGCCCUUAACCCUCCCUCCCUGAGUCUGGUU